GAUGAUUGUGGUGAAUGAGAUUCCAUGUUCCCGUCUAAACCAAGCCUAUAUAUUAAGCAGCUACAGCCUACAGAUGGACAGCAACUCAUCAUUCUAAGCUGUACAUUAACUGCAUCUAUAAACUCUUCUACUCUUUCUUCCAAAUCACAAAGAGAAAUGGCUUUCCACACUCGAUCUAACAGCUUCCCCUCAAGGCCACACCCCAUCCUUCAAGAAGUUGAUGAACACUUGUGCAGACUGAGGUCUUCUGAAGCCACAUCCACAUCUUCAUCAUCAAUAAGCCACAAACUAAGUGGUCUCCAAGACCUUCAUGAGUGUGUCGAUAGGUUGCUUCAAUUGCCCCUCCACCAAGCCUUAGCACAAGAGCAACAUCAGAAAUGGGCUAAUGAGCUAUUAGAUGGCUCUCUUCAGCUUUUGGAUGUUUGCAGCGUUGCCAAGGAUGCCCUUUCACAAACCAAGGAGUGCAUACAAGACCUUCAAUCAAUCAUUCGAAGAAGGCAUGGAGAUGAAUCUGCAGUGCUCACAAGCGAGGCUAGGAAAUACUUAACCUCCAGGAAGACAGUUAGAAAGGUACUCCACAAGGCUUUGGACAACCUGAAGGCAUGCUCUUCCUUCAACAAGGAAGAAGUCACCAUUGUUUGCAAGCUAAGAGAGGUUGCAGCAGUCACUGUCUCUGUAUUUGAAUCAGUUCUGUCCUUCAUCUCUGGGCCAUCCAAGCCUAGCAGCUGGUCAUUGGUUUCCAAGAUAGUACAGUUAAAGAAAGUAGCUUGUGAGGAAGAAGCAAAAGUAAACGAAUUCGCAGAGGUGGAUGCUGCACUAAAGUCACUCAAGAGUGCACACAAUCAGCUUAACAAUCUGGAGUCAUGCAUUCAAGACCAAGAAGAAGGACUUGAAACCCUGUUUAGGCAAUUGCUCAAAACUAGAGUCUCCCUUCUCAACAUCCUAAACCACUAG